GACGGCUGGGAGAAGGAUUAACCGCGACACCGUGAUGGAGGAGGUUGCUGGAAGUUCGGAACCCCAGGCAGAGCCUGAGGCCGAGGAACCGGAAAAGGUCUAUGGGAAACCUAGGGAAGAGGAGCCUACCGACAAAGUUACCGCUGCCAAGAAGAAGUUUAGGUACCAAAUCCCGAUCUUAUCCUUGCCGGAAAUCGACGACACCAUUAGCAAGUUACUAGGAACCAUAGUGUCGGUGUCUUUUCAGACUAUGCUACAGGCUAGCCCUAGGUUGCUCAAAGGGCUUAGACAACUGUUGACYCAGCGGCGAGUAGAAAUAGGCGACAACCCCGAAAUACCAGAAGGGGAGAGGGAGGAGGAAGUUUCGCAAGAAGUGGCUGACCUGCAGAGGAGUCGCGGGGACUUGGAGGAUCUCGAGAAAGCUUUUGCGGUCAUUCGUUUGAGUUUGACCGACCGAGAGGGCGGCGAGGUCAUGAGGUCACCACCCGGGACAAAGCUUAGCUUUCAUGCAUUGCCCGUAGGAAAGUUGAAAAUCCAGAUUGGGACUCAUCAUACCGACGCAUUAGUAGACGGGGGAGCAGAAAUCACUCUCAUAAGAAGAAAUUUCGCAACGAUCACGGGGUGUACGGUAAACAAGGAAGUAACAGGGAGCAUCCGGGGGGCUGGCGGGGAAAUCCCGUUCGCUGGGUACGUCACGAAGUGUGCUGUAAAGGCAGGGGKCAGGGAAUCGAUCUGGUCGUUUCAGCGGAUGACUGUAAUGGAGGAAAUGGAUCACGACAUAAUCCUCGGGAGACCGUGGUGCGGGAACGUAGAGAUGAUAGGCAUGCACUUGCACGAUGGCUCGUACAUGGUAGACAUAGAGGACCCUGUGACCGGCCAGGGAGAGCUCCUUCGACUCCUUGGAACGAGAGGAGAUCCCCCGAAGGGGAAAUUGGCAACAUGGUCACCGUCGUUCGAGGAUAGCAUGCGAAAAGGGGCUUUCGCACGGAUGGAGGGUAUGAGAGAAAGGGUAGAAAUCAUAAUUGAGGAAGCAUUCAACAAAAAGGAGUGGAUCAAGAUGGGCCUGCCCCAGAAGAAGAAGAGGCAGGAGGACGAAGUCCUAGGUGUUAUGGUAGCGGAAAAGGAGUCAGAGGUCGAACUUGGAAAAGUAACAUACCUCCUCCGAGCGAAGAUGGACUCCUUCGUUGCGGAGCCUACGGCAUCGCCAUACGCAAAUCGGUGGUUCGUCUUUCGGAAGCCUAACAAGACACUAAGGUGGAUUCAUGACCUGCAGAAGUUGAAUGCGGUAACCAUUCGGGAUGAUGGCUCGCUACCUCAGGCUGACUUAUUAGCAGAAUCGCACGCCGGUCGGAGCAUUUACUCCCUGAUAGAUCUGUACUCAGGGUACGACCAACUCCCAUUGGAUGUUCGGGACAGUCCAUACACCGUUAUGCACACCCCCGUAGGCCAGCUACAGAUGCAAGUGACACAUAUGGGAUUCACAAAUGCGGUGGCCGAAGCACAACGCAGGAUGCUCGCUGUGGCCGGCGACAUGUUCCCAAAAAAAUGUGAACCUUACAUCGAUGACAAUCCGAUCAAAGGCGCGCAGGAGAAGGACGAGACGAAAGUCCAGCCAGGGAUCCGACGUUUUGUGUGGGACCACCAGCAGGACGUCAAGGAUCUACUCCGACGGUUCUUAGUAUACAACAUUACGACUAGUGGACCGAAGAGUAUCCUAGCAGUACCGGAGGUAGCUAUACCAGGAUUUUGUUGUGGUGCUUACGGCAAGAAGCCGGAUCCGGCAAAAAACGACAAGAUAUCACAAUGGGCGACACCAUUGCGUACGACAACGGAGGUAAGGGCAUUCCUAGGCGUAGUCGGCUUUUGGAGGAUCUUCAUUAAGAACUUUGCCAAGAUUGCUGAGCCUAUCCGGGCUAUGAUCAGGGAAGAAGGAACCAUGGAUUGGACGGAGGAGCGAGAAGGAGUUGUCCAAAGGCUCAAGGACAUAUUGACAUCUGAGACAGUCGUCCUGUCCGCGCCCUGUUUUAACGACGAGGUGGGACGACCCUUCAUCCUAGAGACGGAUGGAGGACCUUUGGCCGUUGGAGGGAUGUUGAUUCAAAAGGAUGAGGGAGGAAAAAAGAGGCCGAUUAGGUUCGAAAGUAGAACCCUGAACUCCGCAAAACGGCGGUACUCACAAUUCAAGAAAGAAGUCCUAGCCAUCCUGCAUUGCCUUAAGACCUUCCAGACCUACCUAUUUGGGAGGCGGUUCAUCUUAAGGAUCGAUCCGACGAAUGUCGCAGGGGCUCUGGAGAAUUACAGGCCUAUAGAUCCAUUGGUAGGGAGAGGGGUAGGAUUCAUCUGGCAGUUCGAUUACAAGAUCGAACGGAUUGCUGGAAUCCGCAACAAGGCAGAUAGGCUGAGUCGGGUUUGCAUCACUCCCGAAGGAAUGGAGGAUGCAGAGCCCAUAGACGCCUUCCUCAAAUACGAAGGAGGGACUCUCGCGGUGGAUAACAAAAUGAUGAGCAAGGGAUGCACAUCGGGAGAACUAUUGAUCCAGAUUUUGGAGAAGGGGGCACCUUCUGUAGUAGCAGAACUGACAGAAGGACCAAUCACCACUCGAGGACACAAAGAAGAAAAUGACUCAUGGGGAGCGAUAGUAGGACAGAAAGAGGAGUUAAUAGCAAUGGCGGUCGAAGGAGGCCGGUAAGCAGUGAUGAGCUUAGUGGAAUCUUGGGAAAGGAAAGAGUUGCAAUGGGUGGACAACAGGAUGUAUCCCGGCAGAGCUUUGGUACGGAAGAGAGAUCGACUUUCCUGUGGAAGCCUUGGUACCUACCUAGAAUAGGUUAGAUGAUGAUCCGCAAAUGACCACUAAAGAGUUAAUCGAGGCAAGAAGUCAACAAAUCCUUAAGAAUGAG